CAAAAAGAAUAGUAUCAUAUCCCCUCCGAGAUCCAAAAGAACUUCAGUUUGUUUACCCAAGAGAUCGAGGCGGAAAAUAGUUUUCAUUUUUGGCCUGGAAUCCGAGGAAUUUGUUUAUUGCGGAGCGUAAAUUCCUUAUUAAGUGGCGCGCGAAUUCUUAAGCACAUAAACAUGCAGGAGUUAAUAGUCGGCAGCGGUGGAAUCGUUGGAAUCGGUGGCAUCGACAUGGGUCUACAGAGCGUCCCAUAUGAUAAUGAGAAUGCCGAGAAGGAAAAUCGCCAAAGCAAAAUAAAUGCUUCAAAAACCGAAGAUCACACCCCCUUUCCUGGCCUGUCUCGUCUUACACCAUCCCUGAUCCUAUGCGGAGCGGCGGCGGUUGUUCCCGCCUACAUGGAUAAGUUGGGAGUGAGCUGCGUCAUCAACGUGGCCCCCGAAUUGCCCGACACACCACUUCCCAGUCAUAAGAAUCCUCUCUACCUCCGCAUUCAGGCACAGGACCGCUCAGAAGUUGAUUUGUACAAGCAUUUCGAUGAGGUGGCCGAUCUUAUCGAGGAGGUGCGUCUCUCUGGAGGCUGCUCCCUGAUCCAUUGCGUAGCCGGAGUCAGCCGAUCUGCCAGCUUGUGCCUGGCCUACCUGAUGAAGCAUGCUAGGAUGAGUCUGCGCGAGGCCUACAACCAUGUCCAGUCCAUUAGGCCUCAGGUUCGCCCGAAUUCCGGAUUCUUCCAGCAGCUGCGAAGAUACGAGCAGGAACUAAGAGGCAGUAGCUCUGUGGCCAUGGUGUACUUUGCUUCGCUGGACAAGGAGAUACCCGACAUCCUGGAGCCCGAAUACAGGGCCAUGGAGGACUUCUACCAGCGGUACCGCAGUUCCCUCAAAAAGCGAUAGAUCGCUCAGUCUACCCAACAUAAUCUAACUUGUGAUACUUGUACCCUACUGCUAGACCUUAGAUUAGACCUAAUAUUUUAUGUGCUUAUAGAUAACCAUGAAAUGCUGAAACUUACAUAAGAUGUAUGCUUAAACUUCGUAAUUACAAAUACACUUUUAUUUCCGUUUAAGAAUAUCGAA